AUGCCAAUUGAAUAUGAUGCAAACAAAAAAGCAUGGGUCACAUCAGAAAUCUUCACUAACUGGGUGAAAAAGUUUGACCGCCGUAUUUCGGCACAGUCGCGAAGGGUUCUGUUGAUUGUCGACAACUGCCCUGCGCAUCCAGACAUCACGGGAUUAAGAUCUGUCAAACUCAUAUUUCUGCCACCAAACACAACAUCCGUGACCCAACCUAUGGAUCAGGGAGUCAUAAAAAAUCUCACUAAAAAGCAAGUCAUUCAACGACAGCUUCGAGCUAUUGAAAAAGGUGGAGAAACAAGCAUCUCGGUUUUAGAUGCAUUGUACAUGCUCAAAACAGCUUGGCAUGCUGUCAGUCCUCAGACUAUUGCUAACUGCUUCCGACAUGCUGGAUUCCAGCAGUCUUCAGUUUCCGGUAUUGAAAUGAUUGAGGACGACCCUGAGGAUGACUUACCUCUGUCAACUCUGAGGCGUCUGACCUCUGGUGUAUCGUUUGAGCAAUACACAUCGGCAGAUGACAGUGUUCCGGUAUGCGCUGAUCUCAAUGACGAGGAAAUCAUAAAUAACGUUGUUUCACAACGUCAAUCUCACGAUGAAACCCUUCCUGAUGAUAACGAUGAUGAUGAGCUGCCUUCAAGAUCUGGAGUGACUAUUUGCGAUGCCAUGGACGGAUUAGAUGCGGUCAGGGACUUUCUUCACCAACAAGGAAUCGGGAGUUAUGCGGAGACAGAAAGAGCCAUCGCAAAAUUAAGUGACAUUAGUUCUAUGUUCAGCAGAUAUUAUCUAAGAAGAAGUGAGUGUAAGCAGACAUCAAUCUCUGAUUUCUUUGUAAAUGUUAAUGAUAAUCGUUUAUAA